CGCUCGCACAGGCGCAUUGCGGCGUGAGAUCGUUUGCUAAGCGCAGCGCGGUGGUUUCGCCUGGCUUGUGUGAUCGGGACUCCGGAGAGGGCAUUCCUGGCAACGUUUGCGAGCGAGAAAGAAACAAGCAGUCCACUAUAUUGUUCGAUCAAUGUUUCCCCUUGGAUUGGGGAUUUCUAACGGGAUAUAAGUUAUUCGAAAGUGCGAGAACGUCGAGAGGCAGCAGAGCUGUGACCCACUUCCCCUGUCCCCGCCUCACUGAUCCCUUGAUGCCCUGUGAGUCAACACACACGCGGACCACGCCCGAUUCACCUGCACAGCUGACGCCAGGAGGAGAUCUGCCCAGAGCCUGAGAGAAGAGAGACGGCCUACUGUGUAACUGGGCAUAUGACAAGCAGGGUCUCACCCUCCCAGUGAAAGCGAUGUGUGUGGGAGGUGGAGGCCACAGCAUCAGCAGAGUGUGUGUGGGGCUCCUCUCCCACUCCCCUACCCCCCACCCUGGCACGGGAUGCCAGCCCACUUCCCCCCUGCCUUCUGUCCUGCCCUGAGCUCUCUUGGGGCGCCAUGAACACCUACAGAGAUAGAGGGGUCACCUGCACCUCCUCAGACCUGCUAGAGAGGGGUGGAGGGGGAGGGCCUGGGUCCCUCCUCACACAACAUGCCGCCUUCCACCUCACCCUCAACGGCCACCCUGCCCCCUCCUCUGACCCAGCCACCCAAUCCCGUGUCUCCGUUCCCAAGAUGGGCGUCCGCGCCCGUAUUGCUGAGUGGCCGCCGCGCCAUGCGCAAUCGAGGGAGUCGCUCCUGGAGAACGGGCAAGGCGCUAAUCACCAUGGAGACGACCCCUCCACGACGACCUCCUCCGCAUCUUUCCCCAUCUCCGAGCUCGGGCUGGUGCGGGGAGGAGUGGCUCGUUUACCGAGGCGACGCACAAAGGACGUGGAGUUCCGUGGUGGGUACGGGGGUGGAAGAGGGUCUCCCGUAGGCCUGCGUGCCUUCCCCCCGUUACGGCAGCGCUCCAACAGCGAGGUGACUCUGAGCGAGCAGGAUGAGAACGAGGUGGAAUGUCGUGGAGGUGCUAAUCUGUUCCGGGAGUACGGCAGCACCUCCUCCAUCGACGUGCAGGGCAUCCCCGAGCAGAGCUUCUUUGACAUGCUCAGCCAAUUCCACCAGGAGAGGCCCGACCAGCGCAGCACUGCCCCCGUACACCUGGGGGAGCUACUGUACACCAACUCCCCUCCCUCGGCACCCCUCCCCACGGGCCACUCCCCCAUCCCCACACCCCGGGGGGAGGAUGGAGCGAUGGGACGGUCGGAGAACAGGGUGAGGAAGAAGAGUGGGGGGACAGACUCGUCUCUGGGGACAUCCUCUCUGUUCCGGAAGCUCCGCAGCUCCAGCAGAGGGGAGCUGGACAGAGGGGAGGCGGGGGAGGACGGGGGAGGCCGUAACUCUACAGAUACCCCCUACAAACCCUGGGUGUGCCCCAAGAGCUUUGUCCACUACGACGCCCAGAGCAUCCUGUUUGACCUCCAUGAGGCUGCUGCUCAGCGCGCGUAUGUAUCCCAGCGGAGGAACACUGCCACCGGGGCAUCGGCGGCCUCCGUCUCCCUGGCUGUGUCACGGUCCUCAGCUCUGAGUGGGUUGGACGCUACCUACUCCAGCGUUGAGGACCUGACGCUAGGUCUCGACCCCAGCACGCCCACCCCCUCCCUGGGCGUGGACCGUCUGGACGCCCCCCCCGGUGGCCCCACCUCCAGUCUGCUCCUCCUCAGCUGCCCCCACUUCCGCAACGAGACGGGGGGACACGGGGAGCGCAACGUCAGCUUCCUGAGCUCCUCGGCCGAGCGGGGAGGGGAGGGGGGCGCGGGUGACCUGGCGAGGGGCAGCCUUCGGCGUAGCAACGCCAGUGUGUCGGUGGUGGAGGUACCCAUCGAGCAGCAAGUCACCCGAAUGGACAGGCUGAAACUCUAUAGCAUCGAGCACGUGGACCUGGGGGCACGCUACUACCGAGACUACUUCCACGGGAAAGAGCACUCGAACUACUUUGGCACGGACGACAAGCUGGGUCCGGUGGCUGUGAGUAUCCGCAGGGAGAAACUGGACGACACUAAAGACCUGAAGGACCAGUACCAGUACCGCGUCAUCGCCAGAACCAGUGAGCUGGUGACGUUGCGGGGGUCCAUCCUGGAGGAUGCGGUGGCCUCCACGGGGAGGCACGGCACGGUGCGGGGUCUCCCCCUGAAGGAGGUGCUGGAGCAGGUGGUCCCGGAGCUCAGUGUGUCCUGCCUGCGCCUGGCUCUCAGCACGCCCAAGGUCACCGAGCAGCUCCUCAAACUGGACGAACAGGGGUUGAGUCAGAAGCACAAGGUGGGAGUGCUGCUGUGUCGGGCAGGGCAGAGCACCGAAGAGGAGAUGUAUAACAACGAAGAGGCCACGCCCGCCUUCUCUGCCUUCAUGGACCUGCUAGGGGAGCAGGUGUGCCUCCGAGGCUUCACCAACUACGCCGCUCAGCUGGACACUAAGACUGACUCGACGGGAACCCACUCCCUGUACACCACCUACCAGGGCUAUGAGGUCAUGUUCCACGUGUCCACCAUGCUGCCCUACAUGCCCAACAACCCACAGCAGCUCCUGAGGAAGAGGCACAUAGGGAACGACAUCGUCACAAUAAUCUUCCAGGAGCCGGGAGCGCUGCCCUUCACCCCUCAGAACAUCCGCUCCCACUUCCAGCACGUGUUCGUCAUCGUCCGCGUGCACAACCCCUGCUCCGACGGCACUUGCUACAGUGUGGCUGUGACGCGCAUGAAGGACGUGCCUCCCUUCGGCCCGCCCAUCCCCAGCGGGGUGACAUUCCGUGACCCUGAAGCCUUCCGCAACUUCCUCUUGGCCAAGGUGAUCAAUGCAGAGAGCUCCGCGCACAAGUCCGAGAAGUUCCACACCAUGGCCACGCGCACGCGACAGGAGUACCUCAGAGACUUAGCCGAGAACUGUGUGAGCAGUACGCCGCUCGACUCCGCGGGCAAACUCAACAACCUCAUCUCGCUGGCGUCGAAGAAGAGAGAGCGGGCGCGGGCGAGGGAGGGGGCCGAGUUGGGAGCGGCCGGGGCGGUGGCGUGGAGGGUGCUGGCCCAGGACUUCAGUGGCGGCGGGACGGAGAUCUCCUGCGCUCUGGGCGUGUCGGCAGAGUACAUCCUCCUGGCAGACUGCAACACCAAGGAAGUGGUGUUCAACUGCUUCUGCGUCGACGUGAUCGGCUGGACGCCGGAGAGGCUGGCGCUGAAGAUCUUCUACGGGAGAGGAGACCACAUCGCCGUCCGAGUCCCAGAGGGCUUUGCUCAGGACAUCAGGGAGGUGGUGCAGAGGUUAAAGGCGCUGACGGUGGGCUGUGAGACGGUGGAUAUGACUCUGAGGAGGAACGGCCUGGGACAGCUGGGGUUCCACGUCAGGCUGGAUGGCACCGUGGCCGAGGUGGAGGAGUACGGCUUUGCCUGGCAGGCGGGGCUGAGGCAGGGCAGCCGGUUGGUGGAGAUCUGCAAGGUUGCCGCGGUAACCCUGACACACGAGCAGAUGAUCGACCUACUGAGGACGUCGGUCACCGUUAAAGUGGUGAUCAUACCGCCCUACGAGGAGGGAGGGCCCCGCAGGGGCUGCACAGAGGAGUAUGAGAUGAAGACAAUGGAGCAGAAGCCAGAGCCUGAGCCUGUGGCAGCAGGGUACCGGCCCUCCCCUCGCCCCCCCGAUUGGCGCUGGGACAGCACCGCCGGCCCUCCUGGCCUGCACAGCGCCCCCACCCCUCAGCGCUGGACCCCUAUGGGCCCCCCACCACCCCAACCCCGCUCACACAAGGCCAUGGUCAUGCCCGUCCCAUACAGGGAGCCCCAGCACCUCUCCAACAAGAGGCCGGUGAGUUUCCCUGAGAACCACUACUGCCUGUCGCCAGCGGGGGGCGACAGAGUGCUGCCCUACAGGAACCCCUCAGCCAGCUUCUCCUCCCCCUCUGGCCUGGGGGGCAUGGUGGCCCUGGGGGGCCCCGUACUCAGCGGGACCUUCAUACGCUACAAACCCUCACCUGACAGGUACGGUUCAGCCCAGCGCCCCCUGCUGGCCUAUGAACCUCAUCUCAGUCUGGACAUCACCUCAAGUGGAGAGUCCUCCUCGGGCUUCACCAGCCAGGAGAGCACUAUGGAGCGCUGCAAGACAGAGCCCCUAUGGCAUGUCCCAGCGUCAUCGUCUCGGGGGCCAGGAGGAGGAGGGCAGAGGAGACCCACCCGACAGGACGUCCCAGGGAAAGACUCCCCCAACAGACACUCAAAGGGUGAGACCCAGUACUCCAGCCACUCCAGCAGUAACACUCUCUCACCUCAUCCCCCUCUCUGUAGGGGUGAGACCCAGUACUCCAGCAGUAACACUCUCUCCCCUCAUCCCCCUCUCUGUAGGGGUGAGACCCAGUACUCCAGGGGGGUGAGACCCAGUACUCACUCUCACCUCAUCCCCCUCUCUGUAUCAGAGACCCAGUACUCCAGCAGUAUCCCCCUCUCUGAGGGUGAGACCCAGUACUCCAGCAGUAACACUGUUUCACCUCAUCCCCCUGGUAAGAGGGGUGAGACCCAGUACUCCAGCAGUAACAGUUUAGACCCCCAGUUCUCCUCCAGUCCCCCAGUUUAUAUCCCCUCUCUGUCAGGGGUGAGACCCAGUACUCCAGCAGGUGAGACCCAGUACUCCAGCAGUAACACUCUCUCACCUCAUCCCCCUCUCAUUUAUAUUGACCCAGUUCCAGCAGUAACACUCUCUCACCUCAUCCCCCUCUCUGUGGGUGAGACCCAGACAGUGUUCAUCUGGGGUGAGACCCAGUACCAGCCACUCCAGCCUAACACUCUGCUCACCUCAUCCCCCCUCUGUCCCCAGUACUCCAGCCACUCCAGCACGCUGGUUCGAGGGGUGGGGGAGAGAGGAGGCCCGGGGGUAUCCGGGGGUUGCCUAGGCGACCUGGCUGAACCUGACCCCGACCCCCUCAGUAAGGGCGGCUCCAGUGACAGCGGCAUCGAUGCCCCCACCCUCGACAACACCAAGCCCGGCGGUUGCCACGGAAACCAGUCCAGCCAAUCACAGAAGCCCCUGCACUGUUCAGCAACCUAUAAUAGCGGGCUGCAGGACGUCUCUGGGGUGAGGGGCAACGGAGUCGAGGGGCGGAGACUAGAGUCGUCACCUGUAUUACCUGCCAAUCAGAACAAAGGAUACCGCACGCGUACCUUCCCUCCUCCAGGAUCCAACGUGGAGAAGCCAGACUCAUUUAAACCCAGGGCCUGCUAUACACCCCAGGGUUACAAGACCCCUGCAGCAGAGAAAUCACGGCCGGUCCGAGCCGCCACAGUCACGCCUAACUCUGCUCUACUCAGCUCCACCCCUCUGUCCAGCUCCGCCCCCAAGGCCUUAUACAGCAAGAGCAGACUGGGUGCCUGGCAACCAGACGACAACGCCCCCUCCUGUUCAAACACACCCACUACCUACAGCUCUGACAGUAACAGCAGCAAGAAACAGGUGGACGUGAAUUCUAAGAACGUGUUCGGACAGCCCCGUCUUCGAGCAUCGCUAAGGGACCUGCGGUCUCCACGGAGAUCCCACAAGAGCACCGUCGAGGACGACCUGAAGAAACUCAUCAUCAUGGACAACCCUGGAGAGAUGCCACAAAGAGACACGUCUCCUCGACACACUCUUCAGCGCACGUUCUCCGACGAGUCUCUGUGCAGCGGGCGCAGGGAUGCCAGCUAUGCCAACUCUGCCCCCCUGUUUGACCAGGGCACUCCCAGCGACCUGCUGUUCACCUGCACCCUACCCACCCGGCGCCAUGCACACUCUGCCAACCACAUGCCCAACAAGAAGGUCCCUCUGUCUGCGUCGGAGCUGUCUCUGACAGAGGUGAGGGAUAAGGUUCCCCCCCUGAGGAGGCUGGACCCGGGGCUCAUGCCCCUGCCUGACACUGCCUGUGGCCUGGAGUGGGCCAGUCUGGUCAAUGCUGCCAAGGCCUACGAGGUGCAAAGGGCAGUGUCGCUCUUCUCGCUCAGUGAGCCUCAAGUUGGGGUUCCAGACAUGCGGCCGAUCAAGAGUCCAACCCAAUUCCAAACACCUCAGACUCCACGCACUACCCCCACCUUCGGCGGGGAUGAGGUACCCAACGCCCUCUCGGGGCGACUGUACAGCCUCGAGGUGAUGCUGAAGCAGCUCAACACUGACCUGGAGAAGGAGAAGAAGGACAAAGUGCACCUGUUGGCUGAGAUGGCUAACCUGCGGCAGAAUAACCAGCGGCUGCAGGAAGAGAGCCACUCGGCCAGCGAGCAGCUUCGCAAGUUCAGCAUGCUCUUCACCGACACCCCGCAGAGGAAGUGAGCUCACACCGGACACAGGAAGUGACCUCGGCGAGGGCGUGCAAAAGCAUUCGCAAAGAGGACGUGUGACCUAAGCCGGGGGGGGGGAUUACCCUGAUUUAUUGGAAACUCGGCCACAGUGAGUGUCAUGCGUGGGGAAAUGAGUGGGGAAUAGAUUUGUCAGUGAGUCUGGUUAGGUUUGUGGAAGAUAUGGGCAGUAGAGAAAAAAAACGAAUGCAAGUAAGUUAAGGUGUAACAUUAUGUACAAGAAAAUGUGUAACUUUUAAGCAUAAGAGGGGGAAAGACCCCCCCCCACCCACCCACAUUCUUACGUUCUAUCCUCCAACUGCUGCUUCUGUCACAUUCCAACCACACUAUCUCCCUCCGGGGGGUGGGGUGGUAGGGAAGAAGAGGAGCACUUACCACUCCACCACUCUGACCUGCUUUUGGGGAGAAGAGGGACCUGCCGUUACGCCGCCACCCUCUCUGUGGUGCACCUCCUACCACCAGAAUCCCUGCCUCGCUCUGGGCUGGACGGACACAGGAGCUACAGAGAACCAAUGGAUCCCCGUUGGCUCAUCUGAAACCGAAUUGCCUAGACAGAAAGAGCCUGCAAGUAGACACGCCUAUUUUUUUUUAAACUCCCGCACACCGCACAAGCCGACUCCCUCAGGCUGUGCACCCAGAGGAAAUCCUUCUCUGUCCCUGCUUGUAGGUUUUUAUUUUUUGUAACUGAGGUCUUAUACACUCCUGCGUCAGAGCAGAGCCAAUAAAGAGUAGAGCUUUUAUUGAACUGUAGAACACAAAGAUCGCACGGCGAGGCCUAAUACUGUUCCUGAAGCAAAUCAGCCAAAAAAAAAAAAAAAGGACUCCAACUCCCAGAAUGCUCUGGGAAACGUGUGUUUAAAAGAAAUGGUACUGUACUUUUGCCUGUGUGAUUCAACAUAUAGGUUGAACACAUGUCUAUUGUACUGAUAUAACUGACUUAAUGAGGUGUGUAACUCAUGAAGGUGUGUAGGGUACAGCAAAUACUCCCACAAUGCAUUAAUCGCAGAAAAUGGAGAGCUCUGGCGAUGUUAUUCUUUACCCUUCGUUGAGUGUGUGAUAGGCUGACACAGGGCAUUUCAGUUACGAGCAAGCUAUAAUAUGACAAGGUACGCCAGUGAUAUGAGACGAGCCUUCUCGUUCAGUUUAUGAAACAGAAUAUAGUGUCAUAAAUUCAACGAUAGUAUCUCAAUGUCCAUUUUUGGUUAACAAUCCAUUUGAAAGGUAUUUACAAAUAUCCAAGCAGUAUGUUUUACAAUUUGUAGAAUUAGCAUAUUUCGUGGUUUUUGUUUUGGGUACCAGCUGCGGGUACACACCUGUGUGCAUUUAGAAAAGACUCAUAGAAAUGAUCUUUAAACACUGUAGCCGUGUGUGUGUGUGUGUGUGUGUGUGUGUGUGUGUGUGUGUGUGUGUGUGUGUGUGUGUGUGUGUGUGUGUGUGUGUGUGUGUGUGUGUGUGUGUGUGUGUGUGUGUGUGUGUGUGUGUGUGUGUGUGUGUGUGUGUGUGUUAGAAUGAAGGGGUAUUAUACAUUAAUUUAGCUAACAGACAGUCCUAGUGUCUGUAGAAUCAAACUCAACCAUUUAUACACAACUGUGAGACCUAAAUGACGUAAAACGGAAGUAACUUAGCUUGGGGUGGUGGGUCUGUGUGAAACUUGUGGCCAUUUUGUAAAAAUGUCCAUCUGACAGGAAUACAGUCAAAUAAAUCAACACAAAUACACUAUAUUCUCACUAGCUUGGUUAUAUUCUUUACAGAAAGCAUUUUUCUUACAGCUUUGUGUCCGUUGUUUGUUAUGAAUGUGGGAUAAAUGGAGGGGAGCGUGGAGCUGGCAAAACCAACGUUGGGGGUUCCAAUUCUCGUUUGGGCCACAUCCAUUCCCAAAAAUGAUAAAAGGGUCUGCUGAAGGAGCAUAUGACUAUUUUCGUUCCAGUAAACGUAAGCCCCGAGCACAGUUAAGUACCCUUUCAUCACAGGCCCCCCUUUUUCAGGAACCUUCUGCCCUGCCUCAACUGGAAUCCUUUCUUACCCUCACUACUCUCAGGACCUUUCAGACACCCCCUUUAAGAACUGUACUAUGUAUUGUUUUGUUUGUGUAGAUAAGAGCAACAUGUAUACAGACAUCUCUGUCUCCGUUUCUCUUCAUCUCACCAUCUCUGGUAUUUGCUCAUCACUGCCCCAUCCACAGACUCUGUUGUAGUCUGCCUCCCUGUGUCCUGUGAGCUGCCCAUCCUCCUCCAGCCAGUUAAAUCAUCUCGUCUUGGGCGAAACCAAGAGCAACUGAAACAACCCUACACACUCAUGUUAUCACUGAAGCUCAGCAAAUGUGCUGUGAUGUUGUUAUCUUCGAUGUCUUAAUCUUUAUUUUGUUUAUUUGUGUGUGUGUGUGUGUGUGGAGGGGUACGGGUGUUUUGAGGGUUUAGUUUUGAUAUAUUUGAUUUGAAGCGAACUGCAGUUAUACAUGUUGAACAUAGCUCGGUGCAUCGAUGUUGCACGUGCACAAAUCAGAAAUGGUAAAUACCGAAAUGUUAUGUUAUGUUUGAAUAUUUGUAUAAUUUAUUUUUGGCCACUUUUGCAACCUGAAAAUGACAAAAUAGUGAAAUGAAGAGGGCACCGUGUUUUUUUUAUUUCUAUGUAUUGCUGUUUGACUUUUAAAUCUUUGUUCAAGGCUGAUUUCUAUGAUGCUGUAUUGUUUUUAGGAUUUACAUUUUUUUUUUCUGAGUUGGUGCGUUCUGCAUGAGGCAAUGGGGGUUCUUUAUGCAUCGACGAAAACUUACGGUUGAACGUUGUUUUUCUGGGGGAUGUUGUAUCAAUGACUGUACAUUUAAAAGUGUAAAUUGUUUUCAUUGUUUUAUAAGAACAUAUAUAUAUAAAAAAAAAAAUCUUUCAUAA